ACUUCGGCUUCGUGUUCAGUCGUAGGUCUUCACUGUUUCACUGGUUCAGGUCACGGAGACGCCAGAGCUUGUUGCCCAGCAACGAGGACCGAUACCUCCGCACACUAACACUAGCUUAGAGAGGUAACUUAAGCGUUAACUAUAGUCACGAAACGUUCAAAUGGAAAGGAUAUACACUGGCAAAACUGCAGUGGAUGCAGUGAAUGCCUAUCUGGAAUACAGAAGGAUUGUAGGAGAGGAUGAUGGUGGAAGACUCUUCUCAGAGGCAGAAUAUGAAGAGUACAAAAGGAAGGUGAUGCCAACCAGAGUAUAUAACCGGCUGUAUGUGAGUUUUGGUGUCCCCGGCAAAAUAGACUGCAAGCUCAUUGGUCCAGAGACACCUUGUUUUUGUUCACACAGAUUUAAACAGCAUCAGACUGACUUUGAGGAGCUACCAACAGAGAGGCCCAUCGCUUUGCCCUGUCAAGUUAAGGGCUGUCGCUGUGGGUCCUACCAAUAUGUACAUCACAUUGGCUCUCAGGCCGUGCGCUGCCGCUGCAAACACUCACCCAGUGAGCACAGUGAAGCUGCAGACCACCUGUGCAAGAAAUGUAGCGCCUGCACAGGGUUUCAAAGCCCAUAUACUUGUGGAUGCGGUCAGCCGGGCCAUGCCCAUGUGACACUGGUAGAGAGCAGAGAAGAGCGGCGGUCGCGGAGGCUGCCAGUGGGCAGGGCGGUGCCAUAUGCAGCUAUGGGAGGUCUGACUGGAUUCAGCUCAUUAGUAGAAGGCUACCUGAGGCUGGACCCUAGUGGCUCAGGCCUUCCUCCACAUGACGUCGCGAGUCCUGCCAGAGCUGAGCAGCGUGAAGAACAUAAGGGAGCAUAUGGAACGCUGUCAGAGACCUCAGCAGGAGACCUGAAGGGGGCAGAUGAGAAUGACAUGGUUUCUCCUGAGAGCUGCUACCAAGCCAGACUCAGGAAGGAGAAGAAACCCAAACACGAGUGGAUGCCAAAGAAACCAAGUGGACCACUUAAGGUAGCAGGAAAACGGAUACAAAACUGAACAGUUUUUCAAAUGAACCAGGGAUUCCCAACUCAGACCCCACACAAGCGACAACAAAAGCUUCCAUAGCCCACACAAAAUAUUUAACCAGCCUGAUUCUUUCAAAUGCAUGCAAAUAUAAAGCAUAAUAAUGUAUCGAACUUCACUUGACUGUACAAUCACGCAACAUAAUAAACUUCAAAUAUAUGUGAAAAAAUUCUGUUUGAAACCAGUUAUCCAUGAUGAAUAAAUUCCAUUGAGAAAAGAGAUUUUACAUUGACUGAAAAUUAAAUAUUGGUCAUGCAUUUUGCCAGACCAAUCACUGUUUGAUCUAAAAAUGCUUUCAAAUAAUUAUCACAAGAGUAUUUGCCAUAUUCAUUUAUGUCUCUAUAUAGUAACCAAGUUUUACAGUUAAAGGAUAAGAAAAAGACUAUGAACAGCACCUUAACAGGACCACCAUGACCCACUGGGUGGCAGCAGCCCACAGGUUGAAAACCAGUGGACUAGACUAAUGACACUUUGGUCAUGCUCAGUUGUCACCUAUGCUUCUUAAAAUAUCAGUACAUAAUAAUGAUUAGUUCUUCACUUUACUCAAAAAAACUAAGCUUUUUUAAAGUUGACAAAACCAUUUUUGGUACAGCUAUGAAGUUCUUUCAAGUGUUUUAAGAAUCAUGGUCGCUUAAUAUAUCGUCACAGUAUAUUAUAUAUAUAUAUAUAUAUUCCAAGCAAUUUUAGAGCAUUUCUGUUGGUCCAGUCAUCAUUUUACACAAUGUAAAGGGCAGCUGCUGUGCUUAAAUGUUGUAGACAACUAAAAAUCAAGAAAUAAUACUGGAUAGCACUAAAAAACUGUAAAAUAAACAAAACUGCUAGCAGAGUUCUCCUGACAAUAAGGCUCAAUGACAAUCAUCUGAGGAAAUUAAUUAGCUUGUCAGAAUUGAGUAAAUGCUUUUACAGUAUACAGUGCAAAAGCCCUGAUCGAAUUACCUUUUGUUGAUUUUUAAGGUGAAAAGUUAACUCAUCCUCUACAUAGAACAUAAACAUUUUAGUGCACUAUUUCUAUUUAU